GUGUCGGUUUUUGAUAUUUCUAGGCUGCUUUAUAUAAAAAAAAGUUGUGCAAAACAAAAAUUAAUUAUUUUUAACGAUUCAAACAAAACAUCCAACUAAUUAAAAUAUGUUUCGAUCGAAAUCACUUUAUACUAAGCUUACGAAUGCAAUUACAAACGCAGCAGCUCUAAAUGUUACGGCAAGAAGAACUUUAUAUUCACCAACAUCAUUAGGAAUUGACAGAUUUUUAGAAGCUCGAGAAAAAUCGAAGCUUCAGAUUAACAACAUUGACCAAUUUAAAUCUAAAAUGUUGGAAUUUACUUCGGAAGAGAAUACAAAAAGCAUGGUUUUUACAGAGGAUUUAAAGAAUAUGCUUCACAUUUCUGAUAAAGAUGAUCUGGAUCUUCUGGUGAAAAUGAUAAAACGUUUCAACUUACAGAGCAAAGAAGUUAGAUUUGGCAAUUUCAUUUUUGGUACACCGAUCAUGCGCUUGUUGCACUUCUUAAAAGAACCAGAAAUAGCUCUUCAACUCUUCAAAGACUCGUCAUUGAAAGGAUUCUUUGAUCAAAUUAUGUCUUACCAUCUUUUACUUGAUCUUUUGUUUCAAUCUGAACAGUAUCAGGAUAUUCUGAAUACGUUUGAUAUCAUCAAAUCCAGACAGAUUCAGGGCGGACGCUUUCCAAAGAAUGUCAUAGUUUUAACAUUUGCAGCAUGUUACAAAUUAAAUACACCUGAAUCAUACGAAUACGCAAGAAAAUUGUGGAAAGAAAUUUUGGAUUCAGGGAUUGUUCCAAUGCGACGAGCUGUGACAUUCUUUGCAUCUCUAGCAUUAGAUCAAGCUUCACCACAAAUUGCUCUUGAAAUUUUGAGUGUGGUCAGACAACAAAAUUACUUAACUGUAAGAUCAAUCAAAGUGCUUAGUCUUGUGAAAUUACAAAGGUAUGACGAUGUUUUGCCGGUACUUCAAUCAGUGUUUCAUGAUGAAAGUGAAGGCUUUACAAAAAAAACUUUCCCUUCAGAUGUCAUAGAAACAUUAAGAGAAGAAUUUAAGAAAAGCCCAGAAAAUGAAAUUAAAAUCAAGUUUAAGAAAAUUGUUGACUUUCUUAAAGAGCAUGAUCACAUUACAUCGAAUUCCCUUGACGAAAUAUUAUGUUCUGAGAUUGAACAAAUGCCGAUGCAAAACUUCACAAUGAAUGAUGAUUCUCGAAAUAGAGGCAGAAACAAUGAAUGGAAUCAACCGAGAAAUGACCAAAGAAGGUAUCAACGUCAAAAUUCUAAUUACAGUUACGGGUCAUAUCGAAAUCAACGGCCAGGAUUAAACGAGAUGAACUAAUCUGUUAAUAAAAUCUUCAAUUGUAGAAUGUAUAAAAAAAAUAAAAUAAUUAAAUUUCUUUUCCAAUCGAUAAAUAAAACUGAUUGAAGUCAAA